CGACUUGGUCUUGCUAGUGAUGGUUUCCAACCCUUCGGGGAUUCGAGAAAGCCAUAUAGUAUUUGGCCAGUCAUAUUAAUACCAUACAAUUUGCCACCAUGGAUAUGUACGAAAGAACCCAAUCUUAUUUUAUCAAUGCUUAUUCCAAGACCUGAGAGUCCUGGAGAUGCGAUUGAUAUAUAUCUCCAGCCGUUAAUUGAAGAACUGAUGGAGUUGUGGGAAGUAGGUAUUGAAACUUUUGAUGCCUCAACUCAUCAAAAUUUUCAAAUGUGUGCUGCUUUAUUAUAGACAAUUAAUGAUUUUUCGGCAUAUGGUAAUUUAUCUGGAUGGAGCACGAAGGGAAAAUUGGCAUGUCCUUGUUGUAAUAAGGAGACGUUUUCAAUUAGAUUGGCUAAUAGUUGUAAGCAUUGUUAUAUGGGCCACCGACGCUAUUUACCUAUCAAUCAUAGAUGGAGGAAUGACAAGUCCUCAUUUGAUGGUACUAAGGAGAGAGGGUUGCCACCAAAAGUACUCAGUGGAGAAGAUAUUCUUGGACAAGUGCAAGACCUUGAAGGGGUCGUGUUAACUAAAGCUGCUAAUAAGAGGCAAAAAAUAUCACAUUGUAUUCGUGGGGAUAAUUGGAACAAGAAGAGUAUAUUCUUUAAACUUCCAUAUUGGCACACCCUUUUAUUACGACAUAAUUUGGAUGUUAUGCAUAUUGAAAAAAACAUAUCUGAGAACUUUUUGGGGACAAUCAUGAAUAUAAAAGGAAAAACUAAAGAUACUAUCAAAUCUCGUCUUGAUUUGCAAGCAUUGAAUAUAAAGCCAGACUUGCAUCCAAUCCAGAAAGAAAAUAAAUUUGUACUUCCUGCUGCAUCUUAUGCAUUAUCUCCUAGUGAGAAACACAAGUUUUAUGAUUUUCUCAAACAUCUUAAAGUUCCAGAUGGUUUUUCGUCAAAUAUCUCUCAUUGUAUAAAUCUUAAAGAUCAUAAGAUUUCAGGAUUGAAAAGUCAUGAUCAUCAUGUUCUCUUGCAGCGACUACUUCCUCUUGCACUUCGUGGUCUUCUUCCUCGAAAUGUAUACGAACCACUUGUCGAGUUAUCUAUCUUUUUCACGGUAUUAUGUUCUAAGACAUUAAGUUUAGAUGAUUUGAAUCAGAUUGAAGCACAGAUUCCAAUAACUCUUUGCAAGUUAGAAAGGAUUUUCCCACCUUCAUGUUUUGAUAUCAUGCUGCAUUUGCCAAUUCACUUAGCACAUGAGGCUAAAGUUGGUGGACCUGUCCAAUACAGAUAGAUGUAUCCUAUAGAAUGAAAUUUGUACAAACUAAAAUCAUAUAUACGCAAUAGAGCUCGUCCAGAGGGUUCAAUUGCAGAAGGGUACAUCGCAAAUGAAUGUAUGAUAUUUUGUUCAAGAUAUCUUCACAGUGUUGAGACAAAAUUUAAUCGCCUUGAGCGUAAUUAUGAUGAUCGGCAUGAUAAAUCUACUAGCGGAUUAUCCAUUUUUUCUCAAUCUGGAAAAGUUUUAGGAAGUGGUAUAACAGGUCAUCUUGAUACACAUGAGUUCGAGCAAGCGCACAUUUAUAUUCUGCAAAACUGUGAAGAAGUUCAACCAUUUCUACAAGAAUAUUCACAAAUUCAAAAUAGAAGCACUGUACAAGUGUCUGAUAAAAAUUUUAUUAAGUGGUUUAAGAAUAAGGUUGCACAGGUGUAUAAACAAGAUAGACACUCGGCUAUAGAAGACUUACUUUCUUUAUCACGUGGACCUACCAAAUAUGUGACGUACUAUAAUGGUUAUAUUGUAAAUGGAUAUAGAUUUCAUACUGAAGAGCAUGACAAAGGUUUGAAGACGCAAAGUUGUGGAGUGGUUGUAAUUGGUGACACCGGAACUGAAAAAAUAAAUUAUUAUGGGAUAUUAACGGAGAUUGUUGAAUCACAAUAUCUUGGUGGUCGCCGAGUGGUGUUAUUUAGAUGCAAUUGGUGGGAUGUAUAUGAUAAAGUGAAAGGAAUUAAAAUAGAUGAAUAUGGAUUUGUCAGUGUUAAUUGUCAACGCUUGCUGAAAACAAAUGAGCCUUUUGUAUUAGCUACUCAAGCAUCGCAAGUUUUUUAUGUUACAGAUAGUGUUACUAAAGGUUGGCAUGUAGUGCAAAAGAAUCAACCUCGUGACACGUACACGAUGUCACUGAACAUGGAUGAUGACCUCAAGGAACCAGUAGAUGUGGAUGAGGCAUGUCAACAAGGAGAAUCUUCCAAUCCUAUAAUUGAUGCAUCCAAGUUAUUAAAUAUGGAUGAUAAUGUUAAUUUGCAUAGGAAUGAUGUGGAGCCAAUGACGGUUGAUGGACCUUUGACACAAAAGAAAAGAAAAAGAUGAUCCCAACUAAUCAAGUUUAUGAUGCAGUGUUUCGCUUGAUCUAUUCAAUUUUUAUUGUGUAAUAAUGUAUAAAAUGGAAGCAUCAAGGUUACAAAAGACAAACAAGACCUCUUCUAGAUCCAACAAGCAUGUCUUUAUACCACCGGGUGCACUAGGAAAGGGUCGCGGACCAGGGUUACGAUCUUUUUUUGGAUCAUCGUCACGGGAUGCUUCAAUUGACACUGUCAACAAUUCAACACUGCCUACUAAUGCUCCAAUGAGGCCACCAGAUGAUACACAUCACUCAACGCAAGAUUUCGAAUCCGUAGAAGAUGUUCAAAGCACGGAAGAAUUAAUAGAAAAUGAUUCUGCAGCUACUCAAAAAAA